AUGGAGCUCUCCCGGGAGAGCCAGAACAUUUGUAUGACAGCAAAAUACAAGGAAAUCAUGGCUAAUGAUUUCUCCCACUGGAAGAAAUAUAUGAAUCCUGAGCAGGAUACAAGAAGAACACCGGUUGAGAGCCAUUUGAAUGGACUUGUUAUGCACAGUGAAAGUACAAGUCAUGUUUUUCAGCCGGGGAAAAAACCAAACCAGACAACCUGGAAGAAGUGGAAUGCAACAAGAGUCAGCUUCCUGGGCAGCCCAUGCCCACUCUCCUCACACUCUGCUUCUCUUUUUGCCUCAAGUGGGCAUCCUACAGAGCCAAGCUGCUCUGUUGUGGACCCUGAAGACUCCUUAGAAGUAGAUGCGCCCUCAGAGCCAGCCCAACCCUCAAAACUCAUUGCUUACCUGAAACCCUUGAGACAGGAGCCCCCAAUUCGAGAGUCGGCUCCUCCUGCAGAGAGAGGUCGGCGGCGGGGAGGAAGCCCACGGGCAGGGCGAGGCCGUGGUAGAGGGCAUGGGCCCCGCAGGGAAGCUGGCCAGAGACAGGGGGCAGAACGCUCGCUGGGACCAGACAUGCACAUCCAAUUGCACCACCAUGGAGAGCCAGGCCACCAGGGAGAACCGGAAAUCAGGCAGACCUCAGCCUUCUCUUUUCCUGGAAUAGCUCCUGUGCCUAGAACUGUGGAAGGCCCAGGACCCGAAGUAGCCCAGCCUGAGGUGGGGCAUCAGGAGCCACCCCCUGUCUUUGGCCCUGAGGCUGUUGCCUGGGAACCCAUGUUGAUCCUCUAUCCCUGCAUCAGGCUUAGGACUCUGGGUGGCUCAGAUGUUUUACAGGUCAUUCAAACUCCCAGUGACACCUAUGUGCAAGGGGUCCCAGUGUUCAUCACCGACAUUGCAUAUUGA